UGGUAAUACUCUAUGGCGAAGUCGAUGGUUGGAGGCGCUCCCCCCCCUAAGACACCAUUCAAGCUAUUAAGCAUGUAGACUGCAGAUGGCUGACGACGUAUAUAAGGGUAGAUUCCCUAUGUCUUGAAGCUCCUCAGCAUCCAAGAGCAAUUCAUCGAUCCGCCAUUAUGUACAAAUCACUCGCCCUCGCUUCUCUCUCCCUCUUUGGGGCUGUCAGUGCCCAGCAAGUCGGCACUCAGCAGACCGAGACUCACCCAAAGAUGUCCUGGAAGACCUGCACUGGCAAGGGCGGAACUAGCUGCACGACCAAGAGUGCCUCCAUCACUCUCGACUCGAACUGGAGAUGGGCUCAUCUCACCAGCGGCUACACCAACUGCUACACAGAUAACGCCUGGAACACCACCUCCUGCAAGGACGGUGCGGCAUGCGCGAAGAACUGUGCCAUCGAUGGUGCCGACUAUUCUGGCACAUACGGCAUCACUGCCGGUAGCGAUGCUCUUACCCUGAAGUUCGUCACCAAGGGCUCGUACUCGACAAACAUUGGAUCCCGAACCUACCUUAUGGAAUCCGACAGCAAAUAUCAGAUGUUCAAUUUGAUUGGCAAGGAGUUCACUUUCGAUGUGGAUGUCUCCAAGCUUCCCUGUGGCCUGAACGGUGCUCUGUACUUCGUUGAAAUGGCGGCUGAUGGUGGCAUGGGCAAAGGAAACAACAAGGCUGGUGCUAAAUACGGAACUGGUUACUGUGAUGCUCAGUGCCCCCACGAUAUCAAGUGGAUCAAUGGCGAGGCUAACUCCGCUGGCUGGGUGCCAUCUAGCAACGACAAGAACGCUGGAAGCGGCACAUGGGGAGCCUGCUGUCCAGAAAUGGAUAUUUGGGAGGGAAAUUCCAUUUCUACUGCCUAUACUCCCCAUCCCUGUAGUGGCAAUGGGCUGGUCAGGUGUGAGGGCACUGACUGCGGUGAUGGUGACAAUCGAUAUGGAGGUAUCUGCGACAAGGAUGGUUGUGACUUCAACAGCUACCGCAUGGGUGUCAAGGACUUCUACGGCCCGGGAAUGACUCUCGAUACUAAUAAGAAGAUGACGGUGGUUACUCAGUUUGUCGGGUCCGGAUCCAGUCUCUCUGAGAUCAAGCGCUUCUACGUUCAGGGCGGCAAGGUCUUCAAGAACAGCGAAUCGGCAAUCUCUGGUAUCACUGGUAACUCUAUCUCCGAUGCUUGGUGCGAGCAGCAGAAGACCGUUUUCGGUGACACCUCUUCGUACAAGGCCAAAGGUGGACUGAACGCGAUGGCUGCUUCCCUUGCCCGCGGCCACGUCCUAGUCAUGUCUCUGUGGGACGACCAUGCGGUCAACAUGCUCUGGCUCGACUCCACCUACCCCACCGACAAGGACGCAUCCACCCCCGGUGUCGGCCGUGGUACUUGUGCUACCAGCUCCGGCAAGCCGGAGGACGUUGAGGCCAACUCUCCCAAUGCCCAGGUCAUCUACUCCAACAUCCGCUUCGGUCCAAUUGGAUCCACCUUCGAUGAGGCCGCGGCCAAAUAAGUUAUUUAGGGGAUCACUUUAAGAGAGAUCUCGCAUAACGGGUUAGAGCUUAGAUCCUAGAGCUAUGUAAGCAUCCAAAAUCUGGGGGUUUCAUUAUACUUUUCUGAUGUAUAUGUUUCGGAGGUGAAUGUAGGAGACACAAAACUGCAUCUAUAAAGGAG